AAUUGCCACCCUUCUGCCCGCCCACCGCCUGGGAGGGGACAAAGUCACCUGCGCCCGGGUACCUGGCCGUGGCUUGGCUGCGCUCCCGGGAAGGUUCUCUUGCGGACUGGAUCGGCUCCGCUCGCCCGCCCAGGACUCUGGCCUUGCUGUCCCCGGCGCGGGCGUGCUGAAUUUCGCGGAAAAUAAUUCACACUUCACAACCUCCCCCCCACCCCAUAUGUGUCCUUAGAAGGAAUUUGGUGAUCCAAAACUGAGGAAUUGUGUGCCUUGCAGCAAUGUCAGCAGAUGCUGUUGCCAUCCCAGAGAAUAUAAAUGGUAACAGUUACAGCCAAGAAAGCAAGCCUUCAAAUCUGCGGGUUUCGGAGAAGAAGUGUUCAUGGGCCUCUUAUAUGACUAACUCACCAACUCUGAUUGUAAUGAUUGGUCUUCCUGCAAGAGGCAAGACUUAUGUAUCUAAGAAAUUAACUCGCUACCUCAACUGGAUUGGAGUGCCUACAAAAGUUUUUAAUUUAGGGGUUUAUCGUCGUGAAGCAGUUAAAUCAUAUAAAUCAUAUGAUUUCUUCAGACAUGAUAAUGAAGAAGCCAUGAGGAUUAGAAAACAGUGUGCCUUGGUGGCCCUUGAAGAUGUGAAAGUUUAUUUCAUGGAAGAGGCUGGCCAGAUUGCUGUCUUUGAUGCAACCAAUACAACACGAGAAAGACGGGAUAUGAUUUUAGCUUUUGCCAAAGAAAAUUCUUAUAAGGUUUUUUUUGUGGAAUCUGUCUGUGAUGAUCCAGAAGUCAUUGCAGCCAAUAUAUUGGAUGUUAAAGUCUCCAGUCCAGAUUAUCCAGAAAGAAACCGAGAAAAUGUGAUGGAAGAUUUUCUGAAGAGAAUAGAAUGUUAUAAAGUCACCUAUCAACCCCUUGAUCCAGUUGAUUAUGACAAAGACCUUUCUUUCAUUAAAGUUAUCAACGUUGGGCAGCGCUUUCUGGUCAACCGGGUCCAAGACUACAUCCAAAGUAAAAUUGUCUAUUAUCUCAUGAAUAUUCACAUUCAGCCACGCACAAUUUAUCUCUGUAGACAUGGAGAAAGUGAAUGCAACCUUAUUAGAAAGAUAGGUGGAGAUUCAGGCCUGUCAACACGUGGGAAGCAGUUUGCUGAAGCAUUGAAAAUGUUUAUCAAAGAGCAAGAGAUUAUGGAUCUGAAAGUUUGGACUAGCCAGUUGAAAAGAACAAUCCAAACAGCAGAAGCCCUAGGCGUACCAUAUGAGCAAUGGAAGAUACUGAAUGAAAUCGAUGCAGGAGUAUGUGAAGAAAUGACAUAUGAAGAGAUUCAAAGAAAAUAUCCAGAAGAGUUUGCACUUCGAGAUCAAGAGAAGUACCUUUACCGCUAUCCUGGAGGAGAAUCUUACCAAGAUUUGGUCCAACGCUUGGAACCUGUAAUUAUGGAACUGGAACGUCAAGAGAAUGUCCUAGUUAUUUCUCACCAGGCAGUUAUGAGAUGUCUAUUGGCCUAUUUUCUUGACAAGAGUGCAGAUGAAUUGCCUUAUUUAAGAUGUCCUCUUCAUACCAUCUUUAAGCUUACACCAGUUGCUUAUGGCUGCAAAUUAGACAUGAUUUCUCUGAAUGUUGAAGCUGUAGACACCCACCGGGACAAGCCAUCCACAGUGAAAAAAGCUGGCUUAGCAAUGUAGAAGUAUUCCAUUUGUGUCAUAGAAAAACUUCAUGGAUGUCUCUGAAAAAAAAUCACCUUCGACUGGAACUACUUGAAAGGUUAUUUAAUGAAGCUGCUUCUGCUGCCUCAGGGGCUUUAAGGCAUGGUGGAUUGUCUCAUUUUUUGAACUUCUCUAGUGUCUCAGGAAAUGGAGUACUGAACAUUUCCUUCAUGAUGUAUAUUAAAUGAUCUGCGUUUGAACUUAGAACAAGCUUGCUUUAAAGCUCUUAAGGCCUAAUAAUGUACUUAUUGGUUGUCUAUAGGUCACAUCUUUCUGGAAUUUAAAAAGCAUCAAUAUUAAAAGUAUAGACCAAUUUCAUACCUGUUUAAAUGUUAUGGCUAACAAAUUAAAAUCAUAAGAAAUACCAUUCUUGUAAAACCUUUAUAGAAAAGCCAUAACAUCUAAGCUACAUUUAAAUAGGUUGAGAUUUGUUGUAUAGAUGUGACUCAUAAAAAUUAAGAUUUUUUUUGCCUCUCCAAAACACAAAUCUUAUUUUGUUUCUUUCUUCAUAAAUAUUGUAUGUGGAUUGCACUAUGUAACUUAACAAAGUUCUUCCUUAUAGAAAAAUAACUGCAUAAGAAUCUACUUCUCAAACUUCUUGUAGCUAAUUCAAAAAGUAUUUUAACUUGAAUUUAUAGUGUUAUACGUGCAGUAACAGUGAUAGUAGACAUUAUUUUACAAUAAAAGAUCUAUACAGAACAUUUUGCUGAAUAGGUAAUAGCAAGCAUGUCCAUUUGAAUCUCCUUAAAUGUUUAGGAGAGUUUAGUCUGUCUUACUUGGUUCUGCAGGAAAUAUGAGGGUUUUUCUUUCUUUCAAGGGCAUUUAAUCUUGAACUCUUGUCUUCAAUAGUUCUUGAGUGGCUACCUUUCAGGUACUCAUCCUCAUUGUGGGAUAUGAUAAACAUUAAGUUUUUAAAUGCUGAUUCCAGGGUAGAAACAUCUUAGCCAAAAUGAUAGCAAUAAGGUCUCCAAUAGCAAAGACAAAAUAUAUUAGACUUUGCUAUUUCCUUUCUCAUUUCAGGAGAAAAGUCAAAAGUUAAUAAAUAUUAAAAGUAGAAUCAUUGCUUGCUAACCAGUUUGAAACAACUAUCAAUUUUACUAUGGGUAAUUUUAAGUAAACUCUACCAUUGAUGUAAAGGUGGUAAGCAAUUCUUAGUAACAAUUAUUUAUUUUAAUGCAGGGAUCACCACCCUACAGGCUGUGGCCCACUAAUGAGCCAUAGCUUAUUUGCAACCAGGCUGCAUGAGUGGUGGACCGGUGUGCGACCACAUGCAUGCACAGCUCAACUUGCAUAAGUUGAGCUGCAUGUUCAUGCACAUUCCCAUCAGCCUCUUGCGUGCACAAGUUGAGCUGUACACACAUGUGCAUGCCGGUCCGCUGUUCAUGCGGCCUGGUUCCCCUCUCCCCCUCCACCAGGCUGCCAAGCAGCAAAGAUUGGGGACCACUGUUUUAAUGUAUAAUAAAAGUAGCAGAAGUACAUCACUUAGGCCAAUCAUAGGGUUUUUCCAAAAGUGCCAUCUAUAUGAACUAAUUGAAAAAGUUAAUGCUUCAAAACUCCAAGCUGAGAAGAUUUGGAUUUCUAAAAAGUCAAGUAAAGAUCUGCUUGCCAUAUUUUAAAGAUUUUUAAUUGCAGCUCUGUUCUUCAUGAUUCUUAUUUUUUUGUUAAAAGAAAUAUUAUAGCCAACAUGUCUUCAGUGGAGGAGGUCAAAAUAUGCAAGAUGGAUGCUGUGGUAUCAUCAUCAAAGCUACAUGCUUUGAUGGUUAGCACAGUGGUUAAAAUGCAGUACUGCAGGCUAAUUCUGCUGACUGCCGACUGCCAACAGUUCGGCAGUUCGAGUCUCACCAGCUCAAGGUUGACUUAGCCUUCCAUCCUUGGAAGUUGGUAAAAUGAGAUCCAGAUUGUUGGAGGCAAUAUGCUGACUUUGUAAACUGUUUAGAGAGGGCUGUAAAGCACUGUGAAGCAGUAUAUAAGUUUAAGUGCUACUGUUACAUUCUUUUUGUACCUAUGGUAGUAAAUAGUGAACCUGUGCCUUCCAUUUUGCUGAUGUUGACUUCCCCAGUGGCAUGACAUUAAAUGUCUGUUUGCUUUUGCAUUUACAAAUACCUAAAUCUACAAUUUGCAUUUUAAAAACUUAUAUGAAAUGCUAAGAUACAUUUGAUAUACGAGUUGCGUUCUGUGUUUGAUGCACAAUGAUUAACGAUUGAUCUUGGAAAGAUCUUUAAAGCAUAGCUUCUAUCCUCCUGUUUUGGUCUCUAACAUGUUAAGUUUGCCUUAUUUCUAAUAGAAGGCAUCUUGUAAUUUGUAUACAUUGGGCAUGCAAAAGUAGCACAGAACUCAAUGCAUAUUUUUCUCUUUGUAUCCUGAAUAGAGAUAGAAUAUCAGGUAAGCUAAAGCAGUAUGUCUGAAAGAUUUAUAUAACUGGAUACAUACUGUAUCUUCUUGUUGUUGUUCAUUAA